AUGAUGAUGAGAGAACCCUUUAAAGGAACAACAGAAUAUUGUUUCUCUUUUGGACCCUGGAAUAUACACGAGGGAACAGACCCUUUUGGACCCCCUGUUCGGGAGGCGUUCAGUUUCGAUGAAAAAGUUGGAUUUUAUCGCGAUCUCGGUUUUGUUGGAAUUCAAUUUCACGACGAUGACAUUGUGCCGGGUAUUGACGAGAAAACACAUGCACAACUGAUAGCGCGAACAAAAACCGUCAAAAAACAACUCGACGACCACGGUUUGACAGCAGAGGUAGUGGCACCGCGGUUGUGGGAAUCUCCACAGACUAUCGAUGGGGCUUACACUUCUAAUUCCCCAAAAGAAAGACAGUAUGCCCUGGAACGUUCAAAACGAUGUGUGGAUAUCGCUAACGAGAUUGGGUGUAAAAAUCUCGUGUUGUGGCUUGCUCGCGAAGGCACCUACAUCCGGGAAACGAAAGAUUCAGCAGGUGCAGUUGGGCAAAUUUUGGAAGCAAUUAACGCCUUGCUCGAAUACGAUCCAGAAAUCCGAAUCCUUAUAGAACCAAAACCGAAUGAACCGAUGGACAUCGCUUACAUUCCAACUAUCGGACACGCUAUCGGUUUAGCCUAUGCAAGCGAUGCGCAGGAGCGCGUUGGCGGAUUAAUCGAAAGUGCGCACGCUAUUCUCGCAGGUUUGGAACCGUCCGACGAGAUGGGAUAUGCUCUCUACCAUAAGAAACUUUGGAGCGUCCAUCUCAACGAUCAGAAUGGGUUAAAAUUCGACCAAGAUAAGGCGUUCGGUUCCGUUAAUUUGCGGCGUGCGUUUAAUCAGGUGCAGGUACUGGAAGAAAACGGAUACGGUAGAAACGGCGAAUUUAUCGGAUUAGAUGUGAAAGUCAUGCGAACCCAACCACGUGACAUCUCAACAAAACACUUAUUGAGCAGUCGCAGAACCUUCCUUAACCUACUUGAGAAGGUCCGAACGUUUGACAAAGAGGUCGAACAGGAAUUUAUCACAGCCAGAGAUUAUGAAGGCUUUGGACUUCUACAUUCUUGA